GUGAUGAAGCUGCGGAAGCUGGCCCAGCAGGUCGCCAACUGCCGGCAGUGUCUCGAGCGCUCCACGGUCCUCAUCAACCAGGCAGAGCACAUCCUGAAGGAGAACGACCACGCGCGGUUCCUGCAGACAGCCCGGAACGUGGCCGAGAGGGUCGCCAUGGCAACUGCAUCCUCUCAAGUUCUGAUACCAGAUAUCAAUUUUAAUGAUGCCUUUGAAAACUUUGCUUUAGAUUUUUCCAGAGAGAAGAAGCUGCUGGAGGGGCUGGAUUAUCUAACCGCGCCGAACCCGCCGUCCGUCCGGGAGGAGCUCUGCACGGCCUCCCACGACACCAUCACCGUCCACUGGAUCUCGGAGGAUGAGUUCAGCGUCAGCUCCUACGAGCUGCAGUACACCAUCUUCACCGGCCAGGCCAACUUCAUCAGUCUCUACAACUCCAUGGACAGCUGGAUGAUCGUCCCCAACAUCAAGCAGAACCACUACACGGUGCACGGGCUGCAGAGCGGCACCCGCUACAUCUUCCUCGUCAAGGCCAUAAACCAGGCGGGCAGCCGGAACAGCGAACCCGCCAGGCUCAAGACGAACAGUCAGCCUUUUAAGCUGGACCCCAAGAUGGCUCACAAGAAGUUGAAGAUCUCCAAUGACGGGCUGCAGAUGGAGAAGGACGAGAGCUCCUUGAAGAAGAGCCACACGCCCGAGAGGUUCAGUGGGACGGGAUGCUACGGCGCGGCAGGCAACGUCUUCAUUGACAGCGGCUGCCACUACUGGGAGGUGGUGGUGGGAUCCUCGACCUGGUAG